UGCUCGCUGUGUAAUCUGCUGAGUUCGCCGUCCGAUGGUGUGUCGCAGUGUAUCGUUCGCCCUUAAAAAUUUUAUCAAUUGACCAAUAUGUGCGCCUAUUAGGAUAUCAUUUCUUACCAUUCUUAGGCUUGCUUGUGCCUACCCAAUUUUUUAAUCAGUAGAUUCAUUUUCCGGCGGUCAUGGCAGGAUUCUCCGAGAGUGUUCUAUCUAAGAAACUGGACGAUCUCAAUGCAUCACAGCAGAGUAUACAAACUUUAUCACUGUGGUUGAUCCACCACCGAAAACAUCACGUGAGCAUAGUGAAAACUUGGAUCAAAGAGAUUCAAAAAGCGGAUGAAAGUAGAUGUUUAACUUUGAUGUACCUUGCCAAUGAUGUAAUACAGAACAGCAAGAAAAAAGGCCCUGAAUAUGGUAAGGAGUUCGGGGGUGUUUUAAAAAAUGCCUUUGAAAUGAUGGGGCAAAAGAAAUGCAGUGAAAAGACAAUGAAGAGUAUCACGAGGAUUUUAAAUAUUUGGGAAGAAAGAGGAGUCUAUGACAAGAGACAAAUAGCGGAAUUCAAGAAUGCUCUCGAACCACCUGAGAAAGAAACACCACAACCAAGGAAAAAAAUGCGUAAAUCGGAAACUAGCGAUGACAAAAAGAAUAGUAAAAGCGGGAGAGACUGGGCGAAGGCUGAAAAAGAAAUUGAGGUCGAAGGAAUGAAAGAACUACAUGUAACUUUGUCCCCUAGAACACCGCCUGGAGAUCCUCCUGAGCCAGAAGAUCUGAUAAAAGCAUUAAUAGAUUUAGAAAAUUCUGCCUCCAGUGAUGCAGUUGUUAGAGAAAAAAUUGCUAGUUUGCCCCCCGAGGUCUCGGAAGUAAAUCUUUUGGCUAAAAUUGAAGACAAAUUAGCCGCCGAAAGACUUGCAGUGCAGGUUAAUGAGGCUGUAACCUUAUUAACCGACUACAACACCCGACUGGUAAAUGAAAUGGAAGAGCGGAAAAAAGUGGCAUCUCUUCUCCGGGACUUUAUUGUUGCUCAACGCGAACUGUUGGAACAAGCAGAGCACCGAUUAGAGGAGUAUCGGGAUAAAUUGCAGAAAGUGUGUCUAGUGCGGCAAGAAAUCAAAUCUCACCUACAGAACCUUCCAGACCUAACAGCUUUGCCUGAUGUCACCGGAGGGUUAGCGCCACUGCCAUCUGCUGGGGAUCUUUUCAAAAUCCACUGAAUUGCAUCUCCUCCCCUGGAAUAAGUCUUGUUAGCUGUUUUGCAUUUUAAUCCUGCAGCGUAUCAUUCACCAAUGUUUUAUUUUUUAGUUAUAUUAUUUUACGCACCAAAUUUUAUUGUUUUAGUGAAUUUGAACGAACACUAAUGAAUGAGGAACAUUUUUUUACGUGUAAAAAAUGAUUGUGAUCCUAUAAUAAUUCUAUUAUUAGAAAGUUAAUCUGAUGGUUCUUUCACAGAGAGUUUAUUGUUUAAUUCCUAUCUUGUGUUAUGUUUAACUGUAACAACCUGUAUCAAGUAAGUUUAAAAUUUUAAGUGUAUUGUUUUUCCUUUCAUUUCUGGACUUUGAAAUGCAUCUCAAAUUAUUUUCAAUAGAGCGGUACUAUUGUUUUAAA